AUGUCUAAAAUCCUCGAUCAAAACGACAACUACACGUAUGAGAUAUUACAAGACAAAGAUUGUAUCGAAUGUGCAACUUUUCUUGCUUAUACAUUCACCAAGGAUAAUCCGUACGAAAUUUUUAUGAAAACAACCUUCGAACAAUUUUUUUCGGACGCACUUGCACUGUGCCAAGCUAUUGUCAGUACAAAUCUAUCUGUCAUUGCACGUCAUAAACAAACAAAUCAAAUCGAUGGUAUUGUACAAGGCAUUGAUCUAAAUACUCCCGAUGAUGAAGAAGAUUCAACAGCUGAUACCAACGCCGGUGAAGAGAAACGAGCAGAUCCAAUUCUGCAAUUGAUACAUCAAUCUAAAGAAGAUUAUAUAAAAGAAUAUGAAAAAACACAUGGUGAAUUGAAACAAAAUUCAGUUGCACAUAUACUCAUGGUUGGUGUACGAUCAGAUUGUCAUGGAAGAGGCCUGGCUUCAAAAUUGAAUCAAGUCUUUCUUGAUCAUGUUCGUCGUCAAGGAUUUAAACACGUGAUUGUUGAUACAACAAGCGCAGCUAUCCAGCAUAUAUAUGUAACGAAACUGAAAGGUACGGUGUUCAAAUCCGUUCAUGCACCAACGUUUAUUACCAAAAAUGCCAACGGUGAUGAGUAUCGACCUCUUGAACAUUUUGAUAGCAACGUUUUGCUUGUUGUCAUUGAUUUGUAA